CAAAGGUAGCCGAAAGUUGGCUCAAGGAAAAUCAAAUGAUAAUAAUGGCGAAAUUAAUAUUAUUUAUAAGGAGAAAUAUUAAGAAAAUUUUGUUGGUAUCUGUGCCUAUCCUUUUGCUUCCGAUUCCAGUCGCAUUGCAGUCUAAGCAAGGGAAUUGUGCCUAUGGCCUACUAUUGAUGGCAGUGUUUUGGAUCUCGGAGGCCCUGCCGUUGGCGGUUACUGCUCUGUUACCUGUCUUCGUAUUUCCUUUGCUGGGAGUCAGCAAAGUUAAAACUAUGACCAGUUUAUACUACAAUCACAUCACCUUUGUCUUAAUUGGAGGCCUAAGUGUCGCUAUUGCUAUUGAAAAAUGGAAUGUACACAGGCGAAUUGCACUCAAACUUCUUCUCUUAAUGGGAUCACAACCCAAAUGGUUGAUGUUAGGAUUUAUGUUGAUUACAUGUUUCCUGUCUAUGUGGAUGAGCAACACCGCAACAACCUCCAUGAUGAUCCCUAUCGCACAGGCAGUCCUCGUACAACUUAUCCAAACGAAAAAGAGAAACAUCUCAUUGAUGAAUCAAGAAUUUGAGGUGACAGUAGCCACACCUCAAAAUAAUGAGAAAGAGAGACAGGAAAAUCAAAAUGGAGUUGAAAUAAACCAGGUCCAAAUAUCUGAGAAACCCACUGAUAAACUAGAGGUUGUAGAAGUUAAAAGGAAACUUGAGAAGGAAGAAGACUAUGAAAAUUUCAAUUUUGACACUCUGGAUCCCGCGUCUAAGAAAUUUUGUAAGGUGUUUUGUCUGUGUAUCUGUUACGCGGCAAACUGUGGAGGAAUCGGAACUCUAACGGGAACAGGACCAAAUCUGGUCAUGAAGGGUCAGGCAGACAUGAUGGCAGAUGGAGAGUCUGUUAUAAAUUUUACCUCCUGGUUCAUUUUUGGGUUCCCUAUUGCUCUAGUCAACUGCAUCAUAGCCUGGCUGGUGCUUCAAACAGCCUUCUUUGGAGUGAAAUCACUUUUAUGUACAAGCCAGAAAGAGGUCUCGAAUAAUGUACAGGAAGUCAUUAAAAAAGAAUACAACAAGCUAGGACAAAUAACAUUUGCAGAGAAAGCAGUACUCGUCCAUUUUGGUAUACUUAUAGUUUUAUGGUUUUCUCGUAACCCAGAAUUCGCUCCGGGAUGGGGUUCUUUUUUCAAAGAUGGUUACCUUGGAGAUUCUGUACCAGCUAUUAUAGUUAUGGUCAGCUUGUUCAUAUUUCCCAGCAGACGUAUGGUCAAAGAUGACCCCAUGGAUAACGUCAAGGAAAUUCCGCCAUUGCUAGACUGGAAAACUGUCUCAGCGCGCAUGCCCUGGAACGUUGCACUCCUAUUGGGUGGCGGAUUUGCUCUAGCCAAAGCAUGCACGGAAUCUGGAUUAUCUGUGUGGCUGGCCAGUCAGUUGUCUGCGUUUAGAGACAUUGAUUCGUGGUCAAUGAUUUUUGUCAUCUGUUUGAUAGCUUCAUUUGCUACAGAGGUCACCAGUAACACAGCCAUCUGCACGCUUCUAGUCCCUAUCCUUGCAGAACUCGCCAUAGGAAUGCAUUUAAACCCCAUAUACAUUAUGUUACCGGCUACUAUAUCAACAUCAUUCGCCUAUAUGUUGCCAGUUGCCACACCUCCAAACACCAUUGCCUUUUCUUAUGGUUAUCUAAAAGUGAUUGAUAUGGUUAAAGUUGGAUUCAUAUUAAAUUUGUUGUGUGUCGGCGUUGUAACGAUAGCCAUAAAUACCUAUGGCAUUACAUUCUUUAAACUGGACGAGUUUCCGGAAUGGGCAGAAAAAUUCUUGAAGACGUCUACUGAAAUGGACAGCUUAAAAAAUAAUACGACCAUUGUAUAUACAGACGGGGUCAUAUAUAACUUCUCUCUUCCUCUACCAUAAAGAUUUUUAUAACAUGCAUACUUUUUACUGUACAUCUUAAUUCUUGUAAGAGAGUGUAUGUGUGUAACGUGUGCGACUAUGAAAUGGCUUAGUUGCUAUG